AAAAAAGCAGCUGUGGAGGCUCCGAGGGGCAGCAUUGUUUGCGGAUAAAAGUAGAAAUAGGCGCAAUUUAGUGUUUCUUCUCGACUCAGAGUAACCUGUUUUCGUUCUUCAUACGUUUUUCCGGUGAUGUAGCAAAUGAGGAAACUUUCAACACAAAAGAUGUCAAUAUGCUGCAUUUGACAGGCUCAAACCCAGCUCGUCUGAUAUCUUGGAAAGCCUGCUAUCAUCGCAGAGAUCUUUUUUCAUCAAGGACAGUGUUUCUUGACAGCGGAACAAACCGGAGUGAAGAGUACAUACAUCCAAAGAACAACUGAUGGAAAAAGCCACCGCUGAUAACUAUGUGAAUGGACCAUACGUGACCCAUUGUUUGCUUUUAUACCUCUGCCAGUAUUUUUAGACGAAAUUAUGUAGCUGGUGAAUAUUGAACUACCAGAUCUGUGUCACCAUCAAGUACUUGGAUCUGUAAGGAACUUCAGCCAGAAGACCGGUGUAGAAUAGACUGUGAAGCUUGGUGGUGAGCAGGAUCAACCCCAGAAGAUGCUCCAGACUGGCAACUACUCACUGGUGCUGCUGAUCCAGCUGACCCUGUUGGCCUAUGACCUCUUUGUCAACUCUUUCAGUGAACUUCUGAGAGGAGCGCCUGUCAUCCAACUAGUGCUUUUCAUCAUUCAGGACAUUGCCAUCUUGUUCAACGUGAUCAUCAUUCUCCUGAUGAUGUUCAACACCUACGUGUUCCAGGUCGGCCUGGUGUCUCUGCUGCUGGAGAGAUUCAGGGCUCUGCUGGUAUUUGCCCCUCUUUACCUGACCCUCAGCAUCUGUUUCCACUGCUGGGUGAUGAACCUACGAUGGCUUGAUUCAAACCGUUUUGUUUGGACGGAUGGUCUUCAAGCUCUAUUUGUUUUCCAGAGAACAGCGGCUGUGCUGUAUUACUACUUGUACAAGCGUACAGCGGAGUAUAUGGGAGACCCGAGGUUGUACGAGGACUCUUUGUGGCUGCGCGAUGCCUUUGCCAGAGCUCGUCAGUGAAGAAAAGACAGCUCCCACAGAGACUUAAAAGGAUCUGCAAAGAAAACCCCAUCUGACAUUACUUACACUGGGCAUCAUCAUCAUCCAGAGAACAUGCAAACUCCACGCAGAAGGAUUCCGGUGCCCCCCACCGGGACGCGAGCCGGCAACCUUCUUGCUGCGAGGCAACAGUGCUACCAACUGCGCCACCCUGCAGCCCGCAUCAACAUCAGCUACUCUGAAUUUUGGAUUACUGUCUUUUUUUAUUCUUUAAAUUUUAUUUCAGAAUUUACUGGAGGACAGUUCAAUGAUGCACCACCCUUUUCUCAAGAGGGUUCUCUACAGAUUUGACAUUUGGAAAGAAUUGUUGCACUAUAUAUAUAUAUAUAUAUAUCACAAAGCAACAGACUGAUGUUGCACACACAUGGAGCUCAAUAACGGAGCGGGUGAAAGUCUCAACCACAGUUUGUGUUUACUGGCUCUUCAUAGCCAAGCAGACAGCCGGUUAAAUGGUUUACAAUGGCAGGUAAGCCAAGCAUGGCACAUGUAGUAUUGUAUUAAUCAGGAUUUAGUCGGUUAACCUUUGUGGCCUUGUACAUAACAUUGGGUUGCAGACAGAAUGCAGCACAGUGGAAGAAUGUUUAUAUUUUAGCAAAGGUAAGUUUGUUUUGAUCUGUAGUGAUGAACAUUUUUAGUACAAAGUCUAGUUAUUGUGUUCUUUGAAAUUUCUAUUGAAAAAGACCAAACCUGUUGGUUUAUUUUGCCUUAUUUAAGGUUAGUAUGUGAUGUUUACAUGAUUAAUGUAAUGCUAUUAAGCCAAUUUUCCUGUGAAACCAGUUAUCUAAGUGGGGAUCUUUGAGUAAUGUUCCUGCUGUUUUUAUUAAAUAAUCCUUCUCUAA